GUCUUGUCUUCAGUGGCAGCCAGUGCAGUCUAUCGAUGAUGAAGUUAUUAUGGCGGCGGAUUUGAGCAGAGGUAUCCAGAAGAGCGGCCGCCGGUUCUCUCGCCCUGGGCCAGGAGGCGGGACGUGCAAAACAUGCACACCGUGCCGCCAGAAGAAAAUCAAAUGCGAUAGCACUCGUCCGUACUGUGCCGAAUGCACUACGGGCGGCUUCAGAUGUGUAUACCCACAAGAUGCCAGACGAGAGCCUCGCCCAUCCAAGGCUCGCAUCCAAAGCCUUGAAGCUACGGCUGCAGCCAUGCUAAAGCAUAUGAAAACAUCAGGCAUCGUUCCGCCUCAUGUGCAGCUUGGCGACAUAUUAUUACCCGCAAAUGAAGGCGAGAAUAGCGAUGAUAUCACUAAUACACUUUCUACAAAAGAUUCUCAUGAUUAUAACCAGCUAUCUCAAGACGCAAGUCUCGGCCAUCUUGCCUCAACUGCAGCUGUUGCUAGCCCGUUACCAACACCGUCCACCUCGGCUUCAGGAGCAACUGAACCGUCACCAAAUUUCACGUCUCAUCCACCAUCAGUCAAUGUCAGCUUCACGGAGCAAUUACAGGAGCUUCCAGUAUCCGGACAGGUGGAAAUACACAAUGACCGCACCCCCAGUUUACCGAUGGAGAAAACAAGUGAUACUCUGGAUCUAGAAUCUCGGACUUAUCAAGCAAUGGCCUUGGAACCGAGUCCCUCUAGGAUGCCUGUUGUCCCUGAAUACCUAGCUACCCGAGCCCAAUCUCAGGUAGCGACACUUGCAAAUACCACAGCUAUUACCGGUGCUGAAGGAAGCUCCGGCAUGUCUCCUUGUGAAGCGCGUGUCGCCGGUGCAUUUCACGAACACGGUUGUGUAUCGUCAGUCCAUGGUCUCGCCAGUAUCAUGAAUCCCUCAUCAAGAGCACAGCAUAAAGACAACAUUUCCAAAAUGACCUGGAGAGGCGAAGGAGCUGUGGCAGCCUCCAAGGCUAGACUCAUCAGCAACGCCGCGCUCCAGCGGCAACGCGAGCCACGCCUCUUUCGUCAGCCAUCUAAUCUAGUCGACCUGGAUGGCUGCGACCCAGAACUUGCCAAGCAUCUCCUAGAUCUCCAUUUCAAUCGGCAGCAUUACGCAUACCUUAUUUCAUAUCGUCCGGCCAUAAUGGAGAGCCUUGCCAAUGGGGGCGGACCUUGGAUCAACAAGCUAUUGCUUAAUGCUAUAUAUUACUCUAGCACUCUAUACAGUGACAGACCAUAUCUACGGUCCAACACAGAUGAUCCAAACAGCAUUGGCGCCAAUUUUUAUCGGCGAUUCCGGCAGCUACUGUCCGAUGAAAUCGAUAAGCCUAGUAUUCCCACUGCUGCGGCUUUGUUGCUAACCAGCGCAACAUUGGUCUCUCACGGGCAGUCAAGUGCAGGAUGGAAUCUCUCAGGAAUAGCAUAUCGGAUGAUAAUCGAUAUGGGGUGUCAUCUAAUGCUUGGACCUGAUUACCAAAGCAUAUCUAGCAACGACCACGAUCAGCUCUUGCAACGUGAUUUGGAGCAAGAGAUGCGGAAAAGGCUAUAUUGGGGCGCAUUUGUCACUGACGCCACCCAAGCUCUAUAUCUCGGCCGCCCCUGCAUGUUUGCUGCCGGAGAAGCGAGAGUCCCACUGCGAUUUCUAGAUACAUUCGAAGAGCUCGAGGAAUGGGAACCAUAUAUUGACCCUCAAUCGACUGGCGAGCCCCCUCCGCCGUAUGCACCACAGCCCGCCCAUGCCCUCUCAACAUUUAGCUGUUUAGCUCGCCUUUUUCAAAUUUCAAUCCGUAUCACCGAACUUUACGGUAUCCAAACCAUAAAAUGCAGUUCGGAGUAUCUUCAAGACAAGAAAAUUAGUAUUGAGAAAGAAUUGGAACACUGGAAUGUCACGUUGCCAGCUCAUCUCAGAUUCGACCCGAAUAAACCAUUCACCCCACCACCACACCAAAUAACACCCCACACUACUUUUCACGCCCUGUCUAUCCUUCUUCACCGUGCCUUUCUAAAAGAGGGCCAUCUUCGCCGUCAUUGUGACGAAGGAGGCCGGGCACGAAGCGAAGAGAGUUGUAUAAAUAGUGCCCUGGCUAUAGAGAAGCUAGUUCACGCUUACAAACAGGCAUUCACGCUCCGACGUGCCCCAUUCCUAUUAUCUUAUGCCGUUUACUCCGCGGUUAUUGUGAUUCUCCGUCAAGAACAACAUGAACGAGGGCAAUUUACUGAGUCGAUUUCCUUUUUUUGGAAAUGUCUAAGUGAAUUGAAGCAUGGUUGCAACGUUGGUCUCGAAAAGCCACUCGGAAUUCUUCGAGACAUGGUACAUGAGUUUCACCUCAAUAUCCAAAAGGUCGACAUAGAAAGUGAUGGCAUACCUGGGCUGCCAAAUGUGGAUGAGGCUAUUCCUCCCUCAAGGAGCCAGCAGCCUGCAAAUAGGCCCGCGAUCAAUGCAAUGCUACCCGGAGAGGAAACAGAUUACAUGGGCCAGAUUGGCCAACCAAAUUUGGCUUUUGAUAACUCGUCACCAGGCUUUCUCGUGUCGUUGAACCAGCUCGAAAACGAUAUAUCUGAAGACGCUUUGUACGGAUUAUUCGCGCCUUCUCAGAUAUUUUUAUGAUGGUUUCGGGCGUUGCUUCUGUAGGGUGUCAAUUUCUCGAUGUAAAUUGUG